UCCUCUAGGCACCGGUCGCGAUCAGCUGAGUCAGAAGUGAUCGAUGCUCUCGGUGUAGAUAAAGCUAGCCGGAGAAUCUUUGUCCCGACGGAACCAGUCGUCGCCAGCGACGAGAGACACAAGCCCGUCCGAGCGCCAGAGAGGUUAGUUGGAGAUACACGCAGCUGGAGCGCGCAGGCAGCCGGGGUUGCUUAGACGCGCAGCCUGGCCGUGAAGGACAGAUUGCGCAGGCGCCACGCUAAAGCCCGGAGCGAGCGAGCCGGAACGGUUUCGCGCAGGCGUCUUGGGAGGCCUGGCAGCCGCUCGAGAAGCCGCAUGCGUAGUAGCUGUCUGUUUGCCACACACGGUUGGAGGAAAAGAGCCCGCGCGUUGUGUGCUGGUCAUGUCAGAGGACACCACAGAGCCCCUGGUGGGGUCCAGCACCCUCUGGAAGGACCUCAGGGUGCUCCUGCCUGACACAGAGGAGGAGCUGAAGCUGGACCUUGGUGAGAAAGUGGACAGGAGCGUGGCUACGCUGCUACGGCAGGCUGUGGGUCUAUUCUAUGCAGGCCAUUGGCAGGAGUGCCUGCAGGCCAGCGAGACUGUCCUGGACUACUCCUGGGAAAAGCUCAACACCGGUCCCUGGAGAGAUGUAGACAAGGAAUGGCGCCGGGUAUAUUCAUUCGGCUGCCUCCUGAAGGCCCUGGUCCUGUGCCAGGCACAACAGAAGGCCACUGCUGUGGCUGAAGCACUGCGGGUGUGUGACAUGGGCCUGUUGAUGGGGGCAGCCAUCCUUGGGGAUAUUCUUCUCAAAGUUGUCGCAGUCCUCCAGAAACACCAGCUCCCAAGAAAGCAGCCUGCCUGUGGUCCCCACCAGGAUCAGCCUGCCACCAAGAAGGCAAAGCAUGACGCCAGCUCAGCUCCCGAUGUGGUGUUAGAGCGGGUAGUACCCAGGCUUCGCUGCCCACCUCUGCAGUACUUCAAGAAGCAGUUUCUAGUUCCUGGGAGGCCUGUGAUCUUGGAAGGUGUGGCCGACCACUGGCCGUGCAUGAAGAAGUGGAGUCUACAGUACAUCCAGGAGAUUGCCGGCUGCCGCACUGUCCCCGUGGAAGUGGGUUCAAGGUACACAGAUGAAGACUGGUCCCAGACUCUCAUGACAGUCAAUGAGUUCAUCCACAAAUACAUCCUGAGUGAGGCAAAGGAUGUUGGGUACCUUGCUCAGCACCAGCUGUUCGACCAGAUCCCAGAGUUGAAGCGGGACAUCGGCAUCCCUGAUUACUGUUGCCUGGGCAAUGGAGAAGAGGAAGAGAUCACUAUCAAUGCCUGGUUUGGUCCCCAGGGCACCAUCUCCCCACUGCAUCAGGACCCCCAGCAGAACUUCCUGGUCCAGGUGUUAGGAAGGAAGUACAUCCGGCUGUAUUCUCCGCAAGAGUCUGAAGCAGUGUACCCUCACGAGACACACAUUCUUCAUAACACCAGCCAGGUUGAUGUGGAAAACCCCGACCUUGAGAAGUUCCCCAAAUUCACUGAGGCCCCAUUCCUGUCCUGCAUUCUGUCCCCAGGAGACAUCCUCUUUAUACCUGCUAAGUACUGGCAUUAUGUGCGUUCCCUGGACCUGAGCUUCUCUGUCAGCUUCUGGUGGUCAUAGCCAGGGCCCGAGUGGAAAGGACCACCAGGCAGUCAUAGCCAGGGCCAGAGUGGAAGGACCGCCAGGCAGACACUUACCCAGAGGCAGUAAACCAGGUAUCAGUGUGUGCCCUGGAUGCUGCCAGACAUGACAGAGCUGCUGUGUACCCCUAUGUGUGUGGCCCACAUGCUGUGUGUACCCACGUGUGUGGGGCAGAGCUGCUGUAUGUACCCAUAUGUGUGGGGCAGAGCUAUUCUAUGUACCUAGGCUAUCCAGAUUAUGGAUGGUUUUUUUUCUUUGUAACUGCUGGGCUGAGUAUCCGCCUUGCUGCUGGGGUGCCCAAGUGCUGCUGGCAAGCUGCUCAGAGGAGACAGAACACAGUCCGUAAUAGGGGUCCUAAGUCCAUGUUUUCUUGGUAAAAAACAGCAGGGUCUGAGACCCUUGCUGUGGUUCCCGGCCUUCUGUGUACCCAGGUGUCACUGCCGGCUUACUAGGAGUUGGAAACAGAGGUCCUUGGUCCCAUGCUUCCCCUCAGGGCAUUUAUGCACCAGGCCGGAAAGGCAGGGCAGCAGAACUGGUUUGGUUCUGAGUGAAUGGAGAGUACAGAGGAGAUGGGAGAGAGGUCUUCCCUGGGAUAUAUAGGUGCAGCCCUUUACAAGGAAGCCCAAGGAAGCCUCUGCCCCCAAGCUAUCCUUGAUGAAGAGAUGGUCCUAGCUCAAUCAAACUGCUUUCUUUGAUGGUGGAUGUGGAUGCAUACACUUUACUCAGGGUGAACCAGGGAUUAAAUACCUCUUAUGGGAAGGAAUGUCCAGGAAGGGACGCUCAUUGGCUGAACACUCGGAGCUUACCUACAUACCUCAUUAGCAAGGAGAACUCCAGGUUUUUAUGCUAAGUGAUUGAUUGUCAUUGUCCUCUCAGUGGGGUGUCAUGACUAUGUUCCAGAUCAGGUAGUUUGGCAAGGAGCUGGCUCUACUCCAGCUGUUCUCAAUUCUGAGAUUUCCCCAGAGUUGGAGCCUGCUCAACCUUACCAGUUCUUCUGUCUGGUGGCAUGGUCCACUUGCCCCAUAUGUAACUUAAAUAUUUUCAGUAACACAAUAAAACAUACUUUCUUAAUUAAAAAACAAAAAGAAACAUUUCUUUAACCAAACUCCCCUGCUGUCUGUGGGCAGGGCAGGCAACAAAAAAGGCAUUGGGAAAGGAAGAGAAGCGUGGAUCCUGGAAGGAAACACCCCCAUCCGUGGACAGCACUGAAGGAGGUGGAGCCACAUGUCACACAGAUCAGAGGCCAGAGCAGUCAGAACAUGGAUGAACUGGUAGCAGCAGAAACCGAGUCUUAAGGACAAAGAGCCUGCACAGUGAGAGGGUGGCUGGCUGUAACUAAAGGAGUUUAGAGUGUGCAGGCUCAGCCACUGAUGAAUGGGCCUGCCUUGUUAGUGAUUAAAAACCCAUCUUCAACUGGCUUAUGUUAAACCUAGGGUUACUACAGCACUAGGCCCCUGUCCCCUGCUUCCCCCCUCCACCUCUGGCUCCUACUGGGAUUCACUGUUUUCCCUUUUUUUGGGAGGAGGGUGGGAGAACAGCUCUGACUCUGUCUCCCUCCUCAUAUCUUGACCCCCAGUAUCAACUGCUGGUCCUUUCAGUUCAAUCCAAGAAUCAGGUCUCAGGGAUGGCUGACAACUGACAGGGCUAG